AUGGAAGAGGAUGAUUCAAGUCAACUCGAGUCAGAACUAAAAGAACUUGAAAUGAAAUAUAGUAAUAUGCAGAAAGAUUAUGACGCCAAAAUUGCACAAAUACAAUCAGAAGUUGAAGAAUCAAGGACUAAUUUAUCAAAAGGAGAUUCUAUCAUAUCAAAAAACGCUUUAAAAUAUUUCGACAUAGUAUACAAUCUUAAAAGAACAAGCAUGGAGAAAGUAAACGCUCUAGAACAUCAACAUCGAAUUAACGUAUCACAACUAAAGUUAGAAGUAGCAGAGAAAAACAGAGAAAUUAGUACCCAACAGUCUAAAAAUGCUCAAUUAUUUAUACAGAACUUAAAUUCACAGAGAACUAUUGAAGAUCUUACGUUAAAGAUUGAAAAGAUGCAAAAUGAAGUACAAAACUCUAAAGUUUCAAUUCAAAAAUAUAUUGACAGUAUGAAAAAGAAAGAAAUUUCCUUCCAUGACAAUAUAUUAGAAAAAAUCACAGAAAUAUCUGAAAGGAUUCCAAAAUGUUCAAAGAAUAUAAGACAAUUACAUCAUAAAAUCGACCAUAUAGAUGAAGAUAAUGAUAAAUUUUCAGAAAUUUAUCAACAAUAUAUUUACUGCAUUGAUCAUCUUGUACGAUCAAUUUGCUUCCUUACAGAUAGUCCUAUGGAUAGUUGUCCUGAUGUCCAACGUCUUAUUGAUUCUCCAAAAUUCCUUGAAAAGUUUAUAGUUGAAUGCGAAGAAAAAUUAAUAUCAUACGAUAAGGAAACAAGGCUCAAACUAACAAAUAGCACAGCUUCUUUGUCUCGGCUUCUGAAAGUCAAAAAUUCUGAAAUUAAUAUUCCACUUGCGACAGUUUUAUCAAAUCUUGGUGCUGUUUCCUUGGAUGUUGUUGAAGGCAUGGAAUUACAGCAUAAGGAAAUCGUGCGUAGUUUAGAAGAAUAG